AUGUGGUCUGGAAAGCAAGAUCUGCUUGAAAGCCCGCCAUCCCCAUUGACGUCGUUCUCGUCGCUGCUGUCCCAACUCCACCACCGCUGCCGUCGGAGAAGGAAGGACACCCACAAUGGAGGAGUUGAAGCUGCUAAUAAAAUCCGGUGCAUAGAGAAGGAGAAACAAGCUCUCCUCAAGUUUAAAGAAGCUGCCAUAGAUGAUUAUGAAAUUCUCUCUUCUUGGGGGAAUGAAGAAGCUAAGAAAGACUGUUGCAGAUGGAGAGGAGUCCAUUGCAACAACCACAGUGGUCAUGUAACCAUGCUCGAUCUUCAUGUACCGAUGUAUGGUCCUUAUGACCAUUUGAGCGGUAAGAUUUCUCCUUCAUUGCUUGAAUUGCAGCAUUUGAAGUAUUUAGAUCUUAGCGGAAAUUCGUUUGAAGGGCGCUUCCCAGAGUUCAUUGCUUCCUUGAGCAGAUUACAAGUCCUCAACCUCAAUGCCAAUUACUUUGGUGGUCCGAUUCCUCAUCAGCUUGGGAACCUUUCCAACUUAAGGUAUCUUGAUCUCUCUUUUAAUCAUCUAGAAGGUCCGAUUCCUCAUCAGCUUGGGAACCUUUCCAACUUAAGGUAUCUUGAUCUCUCUUUUAAUCAUCUAGAAGGUCCGAUUCCUCAUCAGCUUGGGAACCUUUCCAACUUAAGGUAUCUUGAUCUCUCUUUUAAUCAUCUAGAAGGUCCGAUUCCUCAUCAGCUUGGGAACCUUUCCAACUUAAGGUAUCUUGAUCUCUCUUUUAAUCAUCUAGAAGGUCCGAUUCCUCAUCAGCUUGGGAACCUUUCCAACUUAAGGUAUCUUGAUCUCUCUUUUAAUCAUCUAGAAGGUCCGAUUCCUCAUCAGCUUGGGAACCUUUCCAACUUAAGGUAUCUUGAUCUCUCUUUUAAUCAUCUAGAAGGUCCGAUUCCUCAUCAGCUUGGGAACCUUUCCAACUUAAGGUAUCUUGAUCUCUCUUUUAAUCAUCUAGAAGGUCCGAUUCCUCAUCAGCUUGGGAACCUUUCCAACUUAAGGUAUCUUGAUCUCUCUUUUAAUCAUCUAGAAGGUCCGAUUCCUCAUCAGCUUGGGAACCUUUCCAACUUAAGGUAUCUUGAUCUCUCUUUUAAUCAUCUAGAAGGUCCGAUUCCUCAUCAGCUUGGGAACCUUUCCAACUUAAGGUAUCUUGAUCUCUCUUUUAAUCAUCUAGAAGGUCCGAUUCCUCAUCAGCUUGGGAACCUUUCCAACUUAAGGUAUCUUGAUCUCUCUUUUAAUCAUCUAGAAGGUCCGAUUCCUCAUCAGCUUGGGAACCUUUCCAACUUAAGGUAUCUUGAUCUCUCUUUUAAUCAUCUAGAAGGUCCGAUUCCUCAUCAGCUUGGGAACCUUUCCAACUUAAGGUAUCUUGAUCUCUCUUUUAAUCAUCUAGAAGGUCCGAUUCCUCAUCAGCUUGGGAACCUUUCCAACUUAAGGCAGCAAUUUGCAACAGCAUUGAGUGCCACAUUGGAGCUAAAUAUAACAGUAUUUAGUGUUGGAAUGUCUUUGAAAUGGGAUAAUGUUAAAGUGGGACCACUUGGGGAUAUGAAACCUUAG